AUGGAUUUUCUGCUGACAAAACUUAACUCCUCUCCACCAUAUCAAGUCUACACCACCUUUCAAAGGACAAUGUCACCAGCACCUAAUUCUUCUUCGAAUUAUGAUGACUAUUAUGAUCCUGUAAUGUCUUCCACUUGCACCAUGGAACAUAUUAAAACCUUUACAUCUACAUUUUUUCCAGUACUGUACAGCAUAUUGUUUGUGACAGGUCUCAUGGGAAAUGCUUUGGUUGUUUGGGUCCUAAUAGUCUUCAAGAAAGUCAGUGCCAUGACUGAUGUGUAUCUGGUGAACCUUGGUUUCUACAGCAGCGCGUUCUUCAUAACCAUCAUGAGCAUCGACAGGUACUUGGCGAUUGUCCGAUCGGUGUAUGCUCUGCGCGUGCGGACGGCUGCGCACGGGGCAGUUACCAGCCUGGCCCUUUGGGCAGUGGCCAUUUUAGCGUCAGCACCAGCCUUCCUGUUCUUCCAGGAAGUGGACGAUAACAACAAGAGUGCCUGCAUCCCACAUUAUCCCGACAGCAACAAUGGCUGGAAGAUCUUCUCUAAUUUUGAAGUGAAUGCCUUGGGCUGGCUGAUGCCCCUUGGCAUCCUCAUUUUCUGCUACUACAACAUCCUGAAAAACCUGCAGAAAUGCCACACUCAGAACAAGUACAAAGCAAUGAAGCUCGUGUUUAUUGUGGUCACCGUGUUCUUCCUUUUCUGGACACCCGUUAACAUUGUGCUUUUCCUGGACUCUCUGCAGAAUAUGUAUGUCAUAGAUGACUGUCACACCAGCAAAAGGCUCGCUCUAGCCAUGGAGCUGGCUGAGGCUUUCUCCUUUGCCCAUUGCUGCCUCAACCCAGUCAUCUAUGCUUUUGUGGGUGAGAAGUUCAAGCAGUAUCUCUGUGAGGCUUUUGGAAAAUAUGCACGCUUCCUACUGAUCUGCAAAGACUACAGGACUGUCAGCAGGCACAGCUCUGACAAACAUUCCUCUGUAGUGCCAGUAUCCUCACACUCUUCUUUCAUGGAUAAUAUCUUAUAG